UUGUGAUUUCAGGAGCGGUUGCAGAAUAUACGGCCUGAACAGAAGUCCCAUUUCUUCUCGGAAGUAGCCGGCGUGAAGGAGUGAUGAUGGAGCAUUACCAUUCCAUCAAGCCCCUUGAAUGUACUGUGGUGGGGUCAGGGGUGGUGGUAAAGGUAGAAGAGGAAGAAGUGUACAGUCCUCGGAAUGACCAGAAUCCAAUGACCAAUACAGGUGGUGCCAGUGUAAAGCGUGAAGUGGAUGUCAAGGCUGAAGAGGGCGAAGUAACGUGUCCCCGAAGGAAACGGAAGUCUGACCGUAGGAAACGCACCCCUGUAAAGGACAUUGGCUCUGUUAAUCCAAAACCAGAAAUUGUGAUCAAGACUGAAGACGAUCAUGAAGACUCUUACGCGAGGAAUGAUGAGACGUUCAAAGGAUCAGAGGAUCAAAGUCCUAAAACCAGAACAGGUGACAAACGGUCCAUGCAUAUUGCCCAUUUAUGUUCAGAAAUGGAUAACAAAACCUUGUCGAGUCUAAGCCCUCAUUCACACGAGAGAGGGCCGGCCGGCUCGUAUGCAGACGGGAUGGAUCCUGUCUGCGUCCGAGCAGGGACAUCCACACCUGUAACGACGGGCAGUUCGGGACGCGCCGUGAAGCCUAAAAUCGAGGUGAAACUUGAAGAUGAUGACCAGAGUUAUGUAAUGGCCGAUCAACAGUUUGAGGAGAGAGACAGUUCGCCCGCCGCAAGUCCAGAUUAUUUUCUUGUACAGAUAAAAGAAGAGGAGGAGGAGGACAUGUCAUUCGGGAUGGAUUAUCAGCAGCAUGGGGACGGGGUAGUUCCUCCCGAGACCAGUUCAGGUCAAGGUGAAGCAGUAAGGGAGAAGGAUGCGAGAAUCCACAGAAUGUCUUCCAAAAUGUUCAUCGACAUUGCCCAGCUGAUUCAAUUGGUGCAGGAACGCCCUGAAUUGUACAACCCCAAAACACCUUCCUAUGCCGAUCGGUACAAGAAGAAGAAAGCUUGGGAUGAAAUCUGCGCCAUUGUGGUUCCAGACUGGGAGCUGUGCAGUGAAAAGGAGAAAAAUAUCAAAGCCAAAGAAGUUCAGACCCGAUGGAGGUCACUCAAAGAUUGCUUCAGGAGGGAGCUCACAUUGCAGAAAAAACUAGAAAGGAGUGGAAUACCGACCAAUCGGAGGAGGAAGUAUAUCCAUUAUGACGGCCUUCUGUUUCUGGAACCCACCAUGAAGCUCAGAGACACCUUUACCACGACACCGGCUACUCCCAACGUGCCCAACGACCCACUUGCCAUCCAGCAGCCAAUCGACGUCGAUCAAGUAGCGAUAAGCCCCCCGGUACAGCCGCCGCUGCCGUUGCCGCUCCGGCUGCCGCCAGCUCAGACCUUGGUCCGCGCCUCGCCCCUGUCGACGUCGAAAAAGAACAAGAAAGCCGCCAACAAGAACGAAAACGAGUGGGAAAGGCAACUGCUCAGCGUCAUGAGCACGCUUCGGAAGAAGACCGAGGAGCAGUCCGACGCGGACGAGAUCUUCCUAAAAAGCUUGCUGCCGUUCGUCAAAAAAGUGCCCGAGGACCGGAAGAUCGACAUGCAGCUGAGCUUGAUGCACGUGGUGAAAAAGUUCAUGGGGCCGGUGCAAAAAGAACCACAGACUCCGAAUUGCCAAAGCGGCAACUCCACAUACGUUCCCCCGCGGGCGCGGUCUUGCGAACAGAACUCGCCCACGCCUUCCCGUAAAAACUCCUGCCAUGCCCGGACAUCGCCCCGGCCCUCGCAUCCUGCCUACGAACCUUCCCCCAUCGCUCCGUCACAGACGUCGUCCUUUAAUUACUCUCGGGAGCAGGAGGCGUUACCGGUCCCCCAGCCAUUUUCAUCCCCGUCCUCCUCCUCCUCUUCCACGAACCGGUCUCCCCAAAGCCAGCGGGACUCUCCGUACUACUUCGAUCUAUAG